AUUUAAGAAAUAACUAAUACGUACAUUUAAUCAGUAAGUAACUACAUUUCUUUAGUGGAAGAGAUUAAUUUGAUAAUGUUUAUUAGAUACUGUGCCAAAAAUGGAAUUGUCAUCUGGUAGUCCAAAUUCUUUAAAAUUAACAAGGGGCCAAAGAAAUUCUUUUUAUUCAGUAGAGGCUGAAGUGAUAGAUGUUAGUAAAAUUAAUUUUGAAGACGAUGAAACUUGGUUAUAUUCAGGAAAAACAAAUCAAGACUAUACAACUAAUGUGCAAGACUGGCUUCAUAAUGGUUUAGAAUCCAACUCUAUAUUGAGUUUAACUUCAUCUACUGUUGAUUUACAAAAAAAUAUAGAUACCAGGACAUUUACCCGCCCAAAAAAACGAUUUUCUCGUCCUAGUAUAGAACAAUAUAAUGAUUUGUAUGGAAGUAGUAGUGAAACAAUCACUAUACACUCGGAUUCUAAAAGUUUUGUUAUAGAAGAAAAAGCUGAAACUGAUAUUUCUAAACCAAAUUUUGAUUUAACCCAACCUUCAAGUAGUUAUUAUUUUGAAAAGAUGGUAGCUGAUUCAGAAGAGGCAACAGAUUCCUUUCUAAAUAUGUCACCUCCUAGUCUUGUAAACUCUAUGUGUUCUUCAAUGUUUGCAAAUUUAAUGGAAAGUAGCUUUAUCAAAAAUGAUCCUAUCCUCAGAGAAAUAAGAGAUGCCGACUAUUCUGAUUCUGUUUUACUCCAGGAUUCAGAAACUCCCAUGAUGCAGAGUAUAGAAAGUUGUAGCAGUAUUAACUCUGAUACUCCUGAAAGUUUUUUGAAAAAGGUUUUAUUUAAUGGUACAUUUAAGAAGAACCUGAGUGGCGAUGGUGAUAAAUGUCUAAAUUCAACUAUCAUUAUUGAUAAAGCUGUUGAACAAGGAGUUUCAGAAGAUGGAGACUCUACACUUAAAAAUAUUACAGAGAAUGAUCAAACUUAUAUCAAUCCUAAUAGUACAUAUCGACGGACUCCUAAACACUCUCUUACAUUUAAAAAGUCUGAUAUUAAAAAAAGUCAAAAGCUGCUACAAUCGACAUUUGAAGUUCUGCCUCAAGAACAAUUGCACUGCAACAGAACGCAUACACUAAUAGACUGUGGUAGUUUUGAAGAUAUCAAGAGGGAUCUAUCUAACCCAGUAGAAGUGCAUACAGACCUAAAUAGAUUAAGUUAUUGCUUAGAAAACGAGGUAAAGUUAGACAUGACUUACAAUGAAAUUAAUAGAGCAACUAAUUUAAAAUCAUCAGUACUAAGUGGGUCUGCAGGUUCAGCUGACAGUCUUGACAGAUUAAGUAGCAUGUCUGGAAGCAGUAGAGGAUCAAAUAAAAUGCUAAAUAUGAGUGAUGUCGAUGCCCUAGUUGAUAUGCAAGAAAGAAGUCUUCAGCAAGCAAUGUCUACUCCAAAAAAUGCAUCUGCACCUAAAAUAUUAUGGGACAACAAUUUUACAUCACCAAUAGUACCUCUGGAAGCUACAUCGGACUCUGAUUUAUCAUCAAUUGAUGACUACAAAAGUGUAAAAUCUACUGAAUCAUCUAAAACUUCUUUAGAUGGUUACAUGCCAAAACAACAAUCUAAAAGAAUGAAUUAUAUCACAGGACCUGCAGAUACCAAAAUAAAAACAAAUCAAAAGUCUUCUUAUACUGUCGUGGCACCUAAACCAAUGGCCCCUGUUAGGACUCAGGUGCAAAAUGCUAAAGUGAACUCAUAUUCCAACCUCAGACAUUCAAAUAUGCCUGGAUCAAACCCAAAUCUGUAUAGGCCCAGUACUUGCAAAUCGCCACCAGCACCCACAUCCAAUUUAAAGGCUAUGGGGCCAAAAUUAAAAGGAUCUUAUACCAGUUUGAGACCCAUGAGUUCGAUUCUGCCUGUAGCACCACCACUAGUUAGCAAUGCAAAUCAAACAAUGACAAUCUCGAAGACUGAGCAUCACAAUGUGAUGCAUACUUUGGACAGUGGUACUAGAAUUGUCGAAGUUAAAACCUUACAUAAAGAAAAAGCUACUGUAGAUGAUACAUUUAUUAAACCCCCACAACCAAAGCCUAGUAGCUUGCCUCGUCCUUCUAGCAUUCCUAGGCCAGCUACUAGUUCUAGAAUACCUGCACCCCGUAGUAGUAACGUAAGGCGAAUACCUCCGAGACCUACGUUUAGUGGUAAACAGUUAACAAAAACUCUAACCCAGUAACAAUUUAGGUUGCUGUAUGUGCCUUAAUUUUGUAUAUGAGCUCUUAUAAUAUAAGUAUUGUGAAGCAUAUCCACAUUAAUACAUUUGUUUUAUUCUAUUUGUCUCAAUUUGUUAUUUAUACAUUAAUAUUAAUAUAUUUAUUAAAUUACGUUAUUAUUUUAUUCUGUAAGAGCGUUCACUUUUAAUAACUUUCAGCUUAUUUUUUUUUAUUAAAAUUAAAAGCAUUAAAUAUGUGGACUGGUAUAAAAUUGAACACUCUUAUUUAAAUUAUUUAUAUUGUGUGUAAUUGACUUCUUUUUUACUGAAAAAAGUAUUCUUAAGAAAAUUUGUAACCAGUGUCCUGAAAGUACUCUUAUCAUGCCUUAAGCAUGAUUAUAUAAGGUCAAUAACAAUUCAUAGAUCUACACAUUUCUGUUAAACUAUAGUUUCUAUGGCCUAAAAUAUUUUUACAAUGGGUUUUUAUACGCUCUCAACUUGUCAAUGAUUUGACAAAAUCAUUGACCUAUCAAUUUCAAAAGACAAAAUGGAGAGUUCAGGAUUCUAGGUAAAAUAUAAACCUGCUUGCAAAAUAUUAAUUGAAGUGAUUUGUUAUUUAUUAAAAUGGUUUUACUGUAAAGGUAAUUUCUUUAUAAAUAUUGUGCAUGUUUCUGAUACGCUCACACAAGGUGGUCCAAAAUGAAACUUUUUCAUUAAUAUUACGUACUACAUGGAUUUACAACAGACGCUAUUUACACGAAAUUUAAGAGAAAAAAAUGGUUUUUAUAAAAAAUAAGUUGAAUGAAGUUGAAUCAAGCCCAUAUACAGAAUCUUCAACAAUAAUUUUAUCACACAUAAAAAAAAUCACCAGCUGGCUAAGACUAAUAAUAAUAACAAGCCGUAACCCAAAUGCCGCUGACGUAUUUGACAGAACUGUCACUAAAAAAGGCAAUUUCGAUUAAAUUGCUUAUUUUACCAGAUGGCGUGUGAUAUGGGUAUUGUUGAAGUAUAUUUAUACAUAAAAGUAAUAAAUAAUAUAAGAAAAAAUGCUUUAAAGCUAAUCGAAUUAAAAUUUUGUCUUCAAAAAAUUACUUACUAAAAUGUUUCUUGUAUGGAGCUUACCUAAAGUUUUUGGAGACGAAUUUUUGGACUACUUUGUCUACUAUUUAAGAUUUUGCAAAUUUAUCAACUAUUAUGUUUGACUAUGAAAAGUUUGCGAAGUCUUUUUGUUAAGUAGUAAUUAUUUAUAUUUAUUAUGAUUGCCAGAGUAAAGACAAUCUUGAUUUUCCAUGGUG